UUGGAAGCCAAAUUCAAGAACUGGCAUCUCACCGGUGAGAAAAAAAAAGAAGCAUGGACAGCAAUAAGGAUGAUGAUGGACUAUUCAACAGGAUUGCAUUUCCAGGAGCUAUGUCCCUGGCUAACAGCCAUGUGCAUCCUCACGGGGUCCCCCUGAGAGAGUGCUUUGGGGUUCCCUUCCCUCUGGACCCAUCUUACUGGGAGCAAGCCUACGGCAGGCAUGCAGGUCGCAUCUCCUACAUCCCAUUCCCCGGCUACGUGGGUGUCUAUGACUGUUCCUUUGAGCCUGCCUUCAUUCGAAAGAGGAACGAGAGGGAAAGGCAGCGGGUGCGCUGUGUGAACGAGGGCUACACACGCCUGAGAGAGCACCUGCCCAAGGAAUUUGCUGACAAGCGCCUCAGCAAAGUGGAGACCCUGAGAGCUGCAAUAAGCUACAUCAAACACCUGCAGAGCUUGCUGGACUGCCAUCCCUUAGGGUCUAACAGUAAGGAAACGCUCUCUGCCAAGGAGCUCCCGGAAGCUCCCAGUCCCGGUCCCCCGCGGGAGUGCAACAGUGAUGGAGAGUCUAAAACCUCUUCAGCUUCAUCACCCUACAGUGAAUUUGAGGAGACGGGCAGCUAGGUAAUGGCCUCUCUGGAGAAAGAGAGCUUCAAGUUCACAUGAAAAC